UUCCUUGACUGGCUGGGCUUGUUAGUGUUCACGCCCGUACCUGUUCACUAGCACAAGGAAUAAGACACCUGUCAGACAGAGAAAUACGUUUCCUCUGCUCUUACUCAGGGACACACUGAUCACAAACUUGAUUAAACGGGGUGGACGUUUCUCUGCUGGAUAUAAAGUAAACGCAGGUGGCCUGUCAAGAUAACAGAACAAAGACGAGAGGGAAACAUCUAGAUCAAGCAUGUCAAAAGAGGAGGGAAAAGCAUCUGUGUUUCGUACCACCAAAGUGAGGACCAGGCUGAGGGAUGACAGCAGCUGGCUGCAGCAGCGCCAAGAUGCUCAGGCUGAAACCGAAGAAGAGAAACCAUGGUUAGCAGAAGUAAGGGCCAGGCGUUUGAAUGGAGACAUUGUUGACACCAGUCCAGUGUCGUCACCAGCAACAUCCACUCCGCCACCCACCAAGACUGACGGUGAAAGAGCAACAUCGCCGGGGUUCCUGAUCAGAGGCGUUUUCACUAAACUAGACAAGCCUGCUUCACCCGUAACAACUAACGGCGUUAGUGUUACGACGACACAAUUCACCCACAAACCUUCAGAGAGCUACAAGAAAAUAGCCCCGUACACUGUGAGGCCCACUCCAGAGAACCAGGAAGACCAGCUUAGCAACGAGGAGCUGGAGAAACGGAGGGAGGCAGCUGGCAAUGUACUGAAGAAAUCUGUCAGGCCACGGUCUUAUGUGCUCUCUGCUGCUAAGAAAUUUGAGUCUCAAGAAACGACGUCUGACACCUCAUUGGUCAACAGCAGUCCAUCAUUUGUGGCUAAAAGGGUGGAGAUUUCUGAUGACGGUGAGAAUGCUGCUACUCCAGCACCCGCCAGCACCACACCCCCCUCCCCAGUUGUCGCCGUCACAUCUGCUGCCUCCGCACCUGAGCCCAAAGCACAGAAAAUAGUCGACACCAGCGUUAAGACAGCAGUUGAUGCCCCUAUUAAUAAGCCGGUGGCACCAAAGGUGGAGACCGCCGCCCCAGAGCCUGUGAAGAAAGACCCCCCUCCAGUGUCUGUUGCAGUAAAAGACCCAGUUGAAGGCAUAAAGCCAAAACCCAAGGAUUCAGACGUCCCUGGGCUGGUUAAAACACCUCUGGUUAAACUCACCUCAGCAUCACAAACCCCAAUAUCACCCACUCCAGCAUCCCCUGCCCCGGCCUCAACCGUCCCACUUCCACCUGCCCCAGUGUCGGCUGUAACAGGGAUCACAGUGAAGGCUGAACCAGAAGUAGCAUCACAACUGUCUCCAAAGCCACGAGUCGACACCAGCGUUAAGACAGCUGUUGAUGCCACUAUUAAUAAGCCGGUGGCACCAAAGGUGGAGACCGCCGCCCCAGAGCCUGUGAAGAAAGACCCCCCUCCAAUGUCUGUUGCAGUGAAAGACCCAGUUGAAGGCAUGAAGCCAAAACCCAAGGAUUCAGACGUCACUGGGCUGGUCAACACACCUCUGGUUAAACUCACCUCAGCAUCACAAACCCCAAUAUCACCCACUCCAGAAUCCCCUGCCCCUGCCUCAACCGUCCCACUUCCACCUGCCCCAGUGCCGGCUGUAACAGGGAUCACAGUGAAGGCUGAACCAGAAACAGUACCACAACUGUCUCCAAAGCCACGCUCCAAUGUUGACACGCUCACCACCUUGUCUGAUACUCUCAUUUCUUUUGGCACAAGUUCAACCAGCUUUAAGGAUGAUGAGCCAGUGCUGGCAAAGAAAAAAGAAGGCUCAGCGGCCAGUUGCACCACAAAGGACGGUGUUAAAGAGGAGCCUGCUCCAGCGCUCAGCAACUGUAAAGCAGUGACAGAUGAUCUUCUGGCUUUUGCUGAUGGUCCAGAGAAGUCAGCCGUGCCUGUCCCCCCCAGCCCAGGACGCUGGAGUCAGGAUCUGCUUGGCGGACUAGACAGUAAGUCAACCCCAGCAAAGACCAGCAGCAGCCUGGAUCUCCUGGCUAAUGAUGUCAUUUCAAUCAAAACGGAGGCACGCAGCCUCAGCAUGCAGCGAAUGGAGAAACAGAGAGAGACAGUCAAAGAAACACAAAGCUCCACAGAGACAGUCACUAUAACCACCAAAACUGUGAUCAUUACUGACAAAAGCGAAGAGGACACCGCAGAUCCAUGGAGUUCACAUGUGACGACCACAGUCACGGAAUCAAGCUCGGCUGAUCCGUUUGAUCCAUAUCCGAUAGGGACCACAUCCUCUAACAGUGCCUCUGACCUGCUCAAGCCUCUUGCUGAUAUUUCCAUCAACAGUGUUUCACCUACUUAUAUGAAGAACAAAGAUCCAAGUCCAAAAACCAAUAUUAGCAGUAAUGCGUUGGAAUCCCUUGCAGACAACGUCAUCCCUAUCAGCCCUGACUCCACAAGGCCCAGCUCACAGCGGUCAUGGGCACGCACAUGGGAAACCAGCACACCUCAGCAGGAAGACACAGAAGACAGCGAAGAAGAUGUACCUGGAGGCCAAACUGUAGAUCACGAGACGAUAAUCACGUUUGAGAGAAAGUCCAAGGAGAAUGACUCCCCUUGGGACAGGUGGACAUCACCCACUGUCUAUACUGUCACUACCAUUAGAGGAGAGGAAGAUGAAGAGGAUGGGGAGGAGGAGCCGGAGGAAAGCCUUGAGGAUACGCAGACAGAGACAGUCACAACCAUCACCACUAUCAGGGAGAUACACAGUAAUCCAGAGCCCGCUAUGGAUCGUUAUGAAACCUAUUCCAGGUCCGUGAUAGAAGAAGAAGACCGGCGUGUCCAAACACCAGAACCCGAGGCCAAAAAGGGGUUUGUGUACGUGAAGGAGUAUGUCAACGCAACAGAGCUGUCCUUGUACAAUGCCAGAGACGCCAUCGAUGGUGUGUCAGAUUAUCAGACAUCAAGCUUUGCCAGUUCCUCUUACAGCAGCCCUUCCUUUUACUCCAGUGGCACGCUGUCAUCCGCCUGUACCUUCUGCGGAAAGCCGGUGGACGGUGAUGCCAAGAUCACCAUCGAGCACCUCAAUAUCAACUGCCACCCCACCUGCUUCAAGUGUGGUAUGUGUAGUAAGCCAAUGGGAGACCUUCUCGACAGUAUGUUCCUACAUGGGGGGAAAGUCCACUGCGAGUCCUGCUACAGCAAAGCCUUGGACUGAUAAUCGAAGCUCUUCAGCGGCCUCUUAUCCUCAGCUCCUUCUCUUCAUGUUCAUUUGCAUAUAAAUUGAGAACUGACAAAGUUUGGACUGUGUUUGGUUGGAACUCAAGAAUGAUGUGGAUUAGGGUGAUCAAAAAGACAUUCAUAGUGAGCCAAAUGGCUACUUAAUGUUGAUUCUUACAUUAGGUUAAAUUUCUAUGUUAUUCAAGCUUGUGUUUUUUUUUUUUUCCUGGUGGUGAAAGCUGUAUCUGCCUCAGUAAACUAUGAAGGAUAUGUCUGUACAACACGAUGUGCUACAUUAACUAUGAACAGAUUAAUACUGGCAAAUUUGGUGUUAUAUUUUAGAAACAGCAGUUAUGCAAGAACAUAUUUUAUUACAAAAUGUUUACCUUUUUUUGCUCAUGAUACAAAAUAGUGUGUUCACAUGUAUGAUGCUUUGUUAAAAAAAUAAAAUGACUUAUAGAA